GAGGCGAGGGCGAGAGAAGAUAGGAGGAGGAUCAAGCAGAGCGAAUUAGGGUUCGCCAUGGCCGGAGCACGAGACGGAGAGGAGGGCGCUGUUGGUGGACUGAGAGAAAAGAGAGUGCGAGAGUGGUGAAAGAGGUUUUAUAGCAGGGCUUUUGUUCAUUGGUUCUGACGGCGGCCGGGGACGCUGUCGUUUAUUGCUUCCUUUCCCCAUUAAAACCCUCGCGGCUUGUUCAACUCAACUCCCCUGUUAAACCCUGGAGAGGAAAACUCGUUAGUCGUUAGAUCAUUACUCCUUCGUCAAAUUGGAUCGGGGAAGAAAGGGGAAAGGUUUCAGCUUAAAUUCUCCGAUCAUCAAGCAGCUGAAGAAUCAGAACUUGAAAUCCCUUGGAAUUGGUGGCAGAACCUAGAAGUCGAGUUCGAGGUUCUGUUGGGAAUAGAGCAGAAAAGCCUCGAAUGCCUUCGAUCUCCGUCGAUUAGGAAACCAAGGGCCGAAAGAUGUCAGCUUUGGCGCUCAGAAGAUUUAGGAUCUGUUCCAAGAGUCUCCUCGCAGCUUCCUUUCUCUGCCCUCUUCAACCCGAGCCACAGAACGCACUCCUCCAUUCUUCAAAGCUUCACUCUUCACAAUCUGUAAGGAAGAAUCACCGGGUCCUGGCUUAUUCCGGCUUCUCUUCAAACGGCGUCUUGAAUAGAGAGCUUCAGUUCCAGAGGAGGGUUCUUCGUAGUCUUAGUACACAUGCGGCAGCAGCUGCGGAGUUGUCUACUUCUGAUGGCUUGACUGUUGAUAGAAUUGUUGCUAGUAACUGGGCCAUUCUUGAUGAAAGUGAGAGUGAUUGGAAGAGCCAUGCUGCAGCUAUUGCUCAGUCCAUUCAAGUCAUCAAGAAGCGGUUGCAGUGGAAUAAGUUGAUGGUUAGAUUAGAUCUGCUAUCAACACAGCUGAAUAAGCCAGAUCUAUGGGAUGAUCCUGUUCUUGCUGGAAGGUUAAGCCGCGAGCAUGGCUCGUUGAUGGGUAAGAUGAAAGAGGUGAAAGCAUUGGAGCAAGAUCUGAUUGAGCACAUUGAUAUGAUAAAGUUGGCUCGUGAAGAAGCGGAGGACUCCGACUUGGAAUCGGAAUCUUUGAAAGCCAUGCUUGAGAUGAGAAGAAAUUCCAAAGAGAAAGAGCUUGAAGCUUUGUUGUCCGCAGAGCAUGAUUCUUGCUCGUGUUACAUUGAGGUUCAAGCUGGAGCUGGUGGUACUGAGAGCAUGGACUGGGCAAAAAUGGUGAUGCAGAUGUAUAAACUAUGGGCUCAACGCCGAGGGUUUAGAGUGACAUUGGUCGACGAGAUGCCUGGUGAGAUGGCAGGAAUCAAGGUUACAUCAUCUUUAUCAUCUUUCUCUGAUUACAGAAGGACGCAAUCUUGUAGCUCUUUUGAAUUUCUGCUAUUUAGUAGGGAUAAUAAUUGGUAGUUCUGAGAAGGAUAUCUCUAUCCUCGUUACUGUCCCAGUUCUCAAAAUUGGUAUUCUCCCCAUCCCCGAUACAGAUACGGUUUUUGCAUACUUGCCCAUGUAUGCGUCACUUUGGGGAGACUAGUGGAUGAUCUUCGGUUAGCUCGUACCGUUUCGAUCAGAACUCACACCUUAAAAUGAUUUAAUAAACAAAUGUCAAAUUAUUAGACUUUCUUCACAUUCCUAGUGUUUCAACACCAUGAAGUUCCAUGAAUAUUUUUUGCCGAGUUCUCUCCCGUUAACCAAGCAUGUCUAAAUUUGAUUUGUUUUUUGCUACUUUCAGCGGGCAACCAUCAGACUAGAUGGUGAAUAUGCAUUUGGCUAUGCAAAAGCAGAAGUAGGAGUCCACAGGCUGGUGCGCAUCUCGCCUUUCGAUAGCAGUAAAAGGCGGCACACGUCGUUUGCAGCAGUUGCUGUGAUCCCAAUUCUUGGUGAAGGGUUCACACACGUUCAGAUCAACGAAUCCGACUUACGAAUCGAACGGUUUCGAUCUGGAGGAGCUGGUGGGCAAAGUGUUAACACGACUGACAGUGCUGUGAGGAUAGUGCAUAUUCCAACUGGGGUAACUGCCACAUGUCAGAACGAAAGAUCACAGCAUAUGAACAAGGCAUCAGCAAUGUCAGUGCUUCAGUCGCGGCUGGACCAGCUCGAGAUGGCGCGGCAGGCCCAGGUGAAUGCUCAGCACACUCAAUCAUUGACGGAAAUCAGCUGGGGAAAUCAAAUUCGCACCUACGUCCUUCAUCCAUACCGUAUGGUUAAGGAUCUUCGAACCGGCCACGAGGUUUCUAAUCCUGAUUCAGUGCUUGAAGGACAGCUAGACGGCUUCAUCUUGAGCUAUCUUUCGUCUUCAUUGGAUAAAGAUGAAGAACACCAAUGAACCCUUUUGAAAGAGAAGAGCAGUGAUAAGCUGGCAGAAGGGAGAUUGUCCCAAUGAGUUGGGAAGAUUCCAAGGAAGAGAGUAAUUUAUUGUUGUUGGAUAGGUGAUAUUGUACUGAAAUAUUGAUCAUGUUGUGAACUACCUCUAUAAAUUAAUACAGUUGAGACCAUAAAGUUAUGGGUUAAACACACAUUUGGUCACUGAGAUUACAAAAUCGGGACA